UGAAAGACUGGCUUUAAUUUGCAGGGAGCACCAUUGAGUUCUUACAGAUUCACUCAAAUGGAAAACAAAGCUUGCUUCAUCUGGUGUUUAUGUAUCUUCACUUACAUGACCCUUUUUCCGGCAGGUUAAUCAUCUAAGCAUAUAUACGUGGACAUGUUUGAUCUGAAGGUUGAUGCUGGACUCAAACGACACAAUGGGAAACAUAAGCUGUUUGUUUUCGGAGACUCGUACGUAGAUACAGGGAAUUGGCCAAAAUCAAUGUCUACUUCUUGGAAAGAACCUUAUGGCCUCACUUACCCUGGUUCUCCUUCCGGCAGAUUUUCCGACGGCCUCGUUCUCACUGAUUUUAUUGCUUCAUUCCUUGGCAUAAGAUCACCUCUACCUUAUACUAAGAAGGGAUCUGAUAGGAAAUCAUCAGUAAAAGCUGGAGUGAAUUUUGCAUAUGGAGGCACAGGUGUAUUCAACACAUUUGUUAACCAACCAAAUAUGACCACACAAAUAAAUUAUUUUCAGCAGCUAAUAAUUCAAGAAGAAGAGGUGUAUACAAAAGAGGAAAUGAGUUCCUCCAUUGCUCUUGUAUCUGUGGCAGGCAAUGAUUAUGCUACUUUCUUAACCAAAAAUGGAAACAAUAUGAAGGACUUGGGUGAUUUAACUAAAUCAAUAAUAAGUCAACUUGAAUUAAACCUUAGACGCAUACAUGGAUUGGGAGUUUCAAAAGUAGGCAUCACAGCAAUGGAACCAAUAGGAUGUUUGCCGAGAAUGACUGCUGUUUCUUCCUAUGAGAAUUGCAGUGAUUCUGCAACUUCUCUCUCAAGAUUUCACAAUGAAAUUCUGCAGCAAACUAUAGAGAAGCUCAAUAAUCAAACUGGUAAACCAGUUUUCGUCAUUCUUGAUCUCUACAGUGCCUUCAUGUCUGCCUUAAACAUACAGCAAAGCCAUCCAGGAAAUUCAUCAAACUUUGAGAAUCCACUGAAACCAUGUUGCAUGGGGACGAGCAGUGAGUAUUCAUGCGGAGACAAGAGGGGAACGACGAAGAAAUAUGUCGUAUGUCGAAAUCCACAGCUUUCAUUUUUCUGGGAUAUUAUUCAUCCUUCUCAGCAAGGCUGGUUUGCUGUUUUUUCUGCUCUAAAGCCUUCUCUACGUUCCCUACUGUAAAUCAUAGGCUAGUCUGACAGAGGCAGAGCCAAGAAUUAAUUAAAUUUAUGAGUUGUUCCGAAUUUGUCACUAAAUCCAUAGCUCGUUUUAAUUA